CGGCCGUCCCCCGCAAUAUUUCAAGCCACCAGCGGCCACCAGUUGAGUGCGGGGCCUGGCGGGGAUCACCAGCCACUGACCACUGAACGGUGUGUGUUGGCACGCUGCCAACUGAGGAGAAGCAUCGUGCGUUGCUGCAAUGUUUUCCUGGUGGAAGGUGUCAUUGGUUCUGCCGUCGACAGCCCACAGAAUGUGGAUGUGAUUAUCUCUCAGUCUGUCUGCUCUCGUCAAUAUUCAACAAUAAUAGCACUGCGGAUAUAUGCGGAGCCAGGCAGCCCGUAACGGCGGGAGGGGAGCAGACGACGACUGUUUAUCCGCCGUUGUUUGGGGAGACCUGAGGUGACUGAGAAACUCGAGCAUCACCUUCGCUGUCAACAAACCGACAACCGCCACUCGGCCCAAUCCGUGCCGUGACGGCUUCAUCAGAUAUUUCUUUUUGUCGCGACGGUGACAUUAUUUCUUUUUCAACCCUGGUCUCUCACAUCUUAGCCCAAAUUGCGCCCGCUCGAGAGCAGCGUUGCUCCGAAUCACUAGCGAGAUUGGGUCCCCUAUCGUUUUUUUCUCGAAGACACCCCGGCCCCAGUAAUUCAUGCUAAGAGAACGGACCCAUUUCCCAGAGCGCCAGCAAUUGUUGUGCAAAAAAACAGUUCACCGUCCACCGCCCGUCCUGUUGCACUCGUUCGUCCCAUGAGAGUAACAAGCCGUGUGUCUCUGUCUGCCAUUCCGUAAUACUGGCCCGCUCGUCCUCCCAUCAGCUGUAUCCAGUUUCUCGACGCUGUCAGCAAACGGCAUAGAGCGAGACGGACAUCUGAGACCAUUCAGCUCACCCUCUCACUCAGUUCACUCAGCACAGGACAGGUCUGGACAGGGCAGUGACCUGUACACUGACACCGCUCCGGUCACCACCGCCGCUCUCACCCACCCUACACUCCCCCGACGCUGUCUCGACUUUUGACAGUUUCGCAAUCGUCCGAGUCAAUAUCCAUCGACAGGGUAAACAAACCCACACUUCUUGUUGACCCCCUGGAGUCAAUCUUUUGGGCCAUUUCUUGCAUCCAUCCAUCCAUCGCUUCGGUUCGCGCUAGGAGGCCUGCUGUUACGCCCGCAAGCUCCUUUUUCCUGGCCCUGGUCCUCGUCCCACACUCUCUGGCAACGCGAGAGAUACCAGUCACGGUCGUCUCUUCGGCCGUCUUCCCUGCCAUCCAUCCUCGACAGGACAUCUUUCCACAAUACACUUUUGUCAUUUCAUGUCGCUCAUUAACCCAGCUCUAUUCAUUCGCUCCUUUACAAUAACAACUCCAACUGCCUACACUCCUUGUCAGCCACACGCUAUCUAGAACUCACUCACACGGUCCGCUCCUCGUCGCGCCAUCUCCACCACUACUAUAAUCGAUCGCACACUCUGACGACCCCUCGACCCCUCGACACGCUCGCGAAAGUUGCUUCUGUAGGACACUGAAUGCUCCGAUAAACCGCACUGCUCUUUUAGAGAGCCUGUUUCUACUUGCGACUCGGCAUUAUCCGCGCUUCACUGCGCGCAACAGGGCGUGUGUUGGCUGGUUCCGGCGCCGAUCCAUUGUCAAUUCGAGCAAGUCCUCGAAGACACAAAACACUCGAACCGGAUAUCCAUCAUUAUUUACGACCAUCAACAUGACUGUCGCACACGACUUGACCCGCCGCGGGUCCACCCAGCUUGUCACCAACAACGGGCUACCCCUUGAAGACAGGUUCGAGGUGCUGAAGGAGAUUGGAGAUGGAAGCUUUGGAAGUGUCGUGCUCGCGAGAGUACGGACGGCGGGCGCCAGUGUUGCCCGUCGUGGUACAGUGGUCGCCAUCAAGACCAUGAAGAAGACUUUCGAGUCGUUUCAGCCAUGCCUGGAAUUGAGGGAGGUUGUGUUCCUGAGGACGCUCCCUGCUCACCCUCAUUUGGUUCCAGCACUUGACAUCUUUUUGGAUCCAUUCACCAGGAAGCUCCAUAUCGCCAUGGAGUACAUGGAGGGCAACCUCUACCAACUAAUGAAGGCCAGGGACCACAAGUGCUUAGACAACGCCAGCGUGAAGAGCAUCCUGUACCAGAUCAUGCAAGGUUUGGAGCAUAUCCAUGCUCACAGCUUCUUCCACCGUGAUAUCAAGCCAGAGAACAUUCUCGUGUCUACUUCAGCUCAUUCGGAUUUCACCAACUCUUUCAGACGGUAUUCUGCUCUUGUCACGCCACCAUCGACGCCCCCAUCUUAUACCGUCAAGAUUGCCGAUUUUGGUCUCGCUCGUGAGACGCAUUCGAAGCUUCCUUACACCACGUAUGUCUCCACCAGGUGGUAUCGUGCCCCAGAGGUACUGCUGAGGGCGGGCGAGUACUCGGCCCCGGUGGAUAUUUGGGCCGUCGGUGCUAUGGCCGUGGAGGUGGCCACCCUCAAGCCUCUUUUCCCCGGUGGAAAUGAGGUUGACCAGGUCUGGAGGGUAUGUGAAAUCAUGGGAAGCCCAGGGAACUGGUACAACAAGGCUGGUGCGCGCGUCGGCGGUGGAGAGUGGAGGGAAGGAACCCGUCUUGCUGGAAAGCUCGGGUUCUCCUUCCCCAAGAUGGCGCCUCACUCCAUGGACACCAUCUUGCAGACUCCCCAAUGGCCUUCGUCGCUCAGCCAGUUUGUUACCUGGUGCCUCAUGUGGGAUCCCAAGAGCCGACCGACAUCUACUCAGGCGCUUGCCCAUGAGUACUUUGCCGAUGCCGUUGAUCCUUUGCGCCCAAAGUCUGCGUCCAAGAUCCUGGGUCGUAAACAGUCUGACAUCAGUCGCGGAAAGGACUCUAACGCGACCACGCCGACGGCUACAUCAAAGCCGUCUUCGUGGUUCAGAAAGUCGCUCAUCGGUCGCUCCGAGAGUGUCGAGGUUAUGGCCGCUCCGCAGCCCGCCCCGAAAGAAGCACCUGCUCCUGCUCCUGCUCCUGCUCCUGCUCCUCGCCCGGCCCCGAUCGCUCGACCUGCCGCUCCCGUCGAGCCACCACAGCCGGUUAUGCCUGCUCCACGACCCACGGUCGCAAAAAGAGCAACCUGGACAAACGGCCCUUCGAACGUCGCACCAAUGCCCAUUCUUCCCACCAUCCGUCCCAUCUCACCUCUAUCGCAGACUGUCACAGCCCAACCCGCACCAGUGUACAAUGACGCCUAUGCGAAUGCGGUUCAGAGACACGCCCCAGUUCAAGAGAAGUCCUCCAAGAAGAUUGGCAGGCAGCUCUCAGUCCAAUCGAACACCAAUCACUACGCUGAACUUCACAGGCAACAGGCAGAACGAGCUCUCAAUGGACAGUCUGGCUUGGUGUCGCCACCGAGUGGACACAAGGAGAGCUUUUUCUCGCACCUCCGGAAAAGAGCGAGGAGGUUCUCGGGCAGACAUCAGACGCCCAUGUCGCCCAGCUCUGACGAUAUGGAGGCCCAGGCAGGUUGUGGACCAUGGGCGAGCAACCGCUCAUCAAUGGUGAUCGACAACCCGGCACCCAUCCCCGUUCCAAAAGACACGUAUGAGUCCCUCGAUAAGACGCUCCGCGAGGGUCAGCAAAUGGCUGAGGUACCUCCUGCGCCACCGGCCCAUCAAGUGAAUCAACUAACGCCAAGCGGUAAUCUCAAGCGCCACCACUCCCUCCCUCACCACCAACCAAGAUCGGUCGAUAAUCUGCUUGUCGCCUCCCGAGGAACCGGUCCCGUAUCUAGCAGGACACGAAGAGCCCAGGCUACGCACGGUGUCAACCAAUACGACGACCCCAACGAGGAAGACGAACUUCUAGAUGAAGUGUUGACCUCGACCCACCGUGCUAUGAAGCGCCUCGACAACGAGAAGCCUCUGAGGCAAUCAGUUAGCAAUGUCGUGUUGACGAACCCUUACCCGACCCCUUCGCCCUCCGCCAGCGGAAACGUAAUGCUUUUUGGUGACGGCCAAGAAGCUGUCACGCCCAAGCCAUUGAACUACGACAAGAAGGCUGCCGAAUACAAGUGGCCCACUCCCCCUUAUGACGAGGGGGACUGGGCAGCUUCGGCUUCGGCAAGCAUCUGGGCGGCGGGCAGUCGGUUUUAA